AAUGCCAAAGUGAGAGACUUCAAAGCAGCAGGAGCUACAGCACCAGGAGAUAUCAUCAUUGGAGGGCUGUUUUCCAUCCAUGAGGGAGUAGAGGAAUCCCUGAACCUCUCAGCACCCCAUGCAUCACAGUGUGUCAGGUAGGGUAAGUGCCAAGAUAAGAUUGGGUGUUGUAAAGAGAUUUUGAAAGAGUCUGUCUGUCUGUCUGUCUGUCUGUCUGUCUGUCUGUCUGUCUGUCUGUCUGUCUGUCUGUCUGUCUCUCUCUCUCUCUCUCUCUCUCUCUCUCCCCUCCAAUUAUCUCUCUCUCUCUCUCUCUCUCUCUCUUUCUCUCUCACCCCUCCAAUUAUCUCUCUCUCUCUCUCUCUCUGUCUCUCUCACCUCCUCCAAUUCUCUCUCUCUCUCUCUCUCUCUCUCUCUCUCUCUCUCUCUCUCUCUCUCUCUCUCUCUCUCUCUCUCUCUUCCAUUUCAAUCUAAGGGCUUUAUUGGCAUGGGAAACAUAUGUUAACAUUGCCAAAGCAAGUGAAGUAGAUAGUAAACAAAAGUGAAAUAAACAAUAAAAAAAAAAAAAAAAAAAACAUUACACUCAGAAGUUCCAAAAGAACAAAGACAUUUCAAAUGUCAUAUUAUGUAUAUAUACAGUGUUGUAACAAUGUGCAAAUAGUUAAAGUACAAAUGGGAAAAUAAAUAAACAUAAAUAUGGGUUGUAUUUACAAUGGUGUUUGUUCUUCACUGGUUGCCCUUUUCUUGUGGCAACAGGUCACAAAUAUUGCUGCUGUGAUGGCGCACUGUGGUAUUUCACCCAGUAGAAAUGGGAUUUUAUCAAAAUUGGGUAUGUUUUCGAAUUCUUUGUGGAUCUGUGUAAUCUGAGGGAAAUAUGUGUCUCUAAUAUGGUCAUACAUUUGGCAUGAGGUUAGGAAGUGGAGCUCAGUUUCCACCUCAUUUUGCGUGCAGUGUGCACAUAGCCUGUCUUCUCUUGAGAGCCAGGUCUGCCUACGGCAGCCUUUCUCAAUAGCAAGGCCAUGCUCACUGAGUCUGUACAUAGUCAAAGAUUUCCUUAAGUUUAGGUCAGUCACAGUGGUCAGGUAUUCUGCCACUGUGUACUCUCUGUUUAGGGCCAAAUAGCAUUCUAUAUUGCUCAGUUGUUUUGUUAAUUCUUUCCAAUGUGUGAAGUAAUUCUCUUUCUGUUUUCUCUUGAUUUGGUUGGGUCUAAAUGUGUUGUUGUCCUGGGGCUCUGUGGGGUCUGUUUGUGUUUGUGAACAGAGCCCCAGGACCAGCUUGCUUAGGGGACUCUUCUCCAGGUUCAUCUCUCUGUAGGUGAUGGCUUUGUUAUGGAAGGUUUGGGAAUCGCUUCCUUUUAAGUGGUUAUAGAAUUUCAUGGCUCUUUUCUGGAUUUGGAAAAUUAGCGGGUAUCGGCCUAAUUCUGCUCUGCAUGCAUUAUUUGGUGUUUUUCGUUCUACACUGAGGAUAUGUUUUGCAGAAUUCUGCAUGCAGAGUCUCAAUUUGGUGUUUGUCCCAUUUUGUGAAUUCUUGGUUGGUGAGCGGACCCCAGACCUCACAACCAUAAACGGCAAUGGGUUCUAUAACUGAUUGAAGUAUUUUUAGCCAGAUCCUAAUUGGUAUGUCGAAUGUUAUGUUCCUUUUGAUAGCAUAUAAGGCCCUUCUUGCCUUGUCUCUCAGAUCGUUCACAGCUUUGUGGAAGUUACCUAUGGCGCUGAUGUUUAGGCCAAGGUAUUUAUAGUUUUUUGUGUGCUCUAGUGCAACGGUGUCUAGAUGGAAUUUGUAUUUGUGGUCCUGGCAACUGGACCUUUUUGGAACACCAUUAUUUUUGUCUUACUGAGAUUUACUGUCAGGGCCCAGGUCUGAACGAAUCUGUGGAGAAGAUCUAGGUGCUGCUGUAGGCCCUCCUUGAUUGGUGACAGAAGCACCUGAUCAUCAGCAAACAGUAGACAUUUGACUUCAGAUUCUAGUAGGGUGAGGCCGGAUGCUGCAGACUGUUCUAGUGCCCUCACCAAUUUGUUGAUACAGUGGGGAGAACAAGUAUUUGAUACACUGCCGAUUUAGCAGGUUUUCCUACUUACAAAGCAUGUAAAGGUCUGUAAUUUUUAUCAAAGGUACACUUCAACUGUGAGAGACGGAAUCUAAAACAAAAAUCCAGAAAAUCACAUUGUAUGAUUUUUAAGUAAUUAAUUUGCAUUUUAUUGCAUGACAUAAGUAUUUGAUCACCUACCAACCAGUAAUAAUUCUGGCUCUCACAGACCUGUUAGUUUUUCUUUAAGAAGCCCUCCUGUUCUCCACUCAUUACCUGUAUUAACUGCACCUGUUUGAACUCAUUACCUGUAUAAAAGACACCUGUCCACACACUCAAUCAAACAGACUCCAACCUCUCCACAAUGGCCAAGACCAGAGAGCUGUGUAAGGACAUCAGGGAUAAAAUUGUAGACCUGCACAAGGCUGGGAUGGGCUACAGGACAAUAGGCAAGCAGCUUGGUGAGAAGGCAACAACUGUUGGCGCAAUUAUUAGAAAAUGGAAGAAGUUCAAGAUGGCGGUCAAUCACCCUCGGUCUGGGGCUCCAUGCAAGAUCUCACCAUUAGUAACACACUACGCCGUCAUGGAUUAAAAUCCUGCAGCACACGCAAGGUCUCCCUGCUCAAGCCAGGCCUGUCUGAAGUUUGCCAAUGACCAUCUGGAUGAUCAGGGGAGGAAUGGGAGAAGGUCAUGUGGUCUGAUGAGACAAAAAUAUAGCUUUUUGGUCUAAACUCCACUCGCCGUGUUUGGAGGAAGAAGAAGGAUGAGUACAACCCCAAGAACACCAUCCCAACCGUGAAGCAUGGAGGUGGAAACAUCAUUCUUUGGGGAUGCUUUUCUGCAAAGGGGACAGGAUGACUGCACCGUAUUGAGGGGAGGAUGUAUCGCGAGAUCUUGGCCAACAACCUCCUUCCCUCAGUAAGAGCAUUGAAGAUGGGUCGUGGCUGGGUCUUCCAGCAUGACAACGACCCGAAACACACAGCCAGGGCAACUAAGGAGUGGCUCCGUAAGAAGCAUCUCAAGGUCCUGGAGUGGCCUAGCCAGUCUCCAGACCUGAACCCAAUAGAAAAUCUUUGGAGGGAGCUGAAAGUCCGUAUUGCCCAGCGACAGCCCCGAAACCUGAAGGAUCUGGAGAAGGUCUGUAUGGAGGAGUGGGCCAAAAUCCCUGCUGCAGUGUGUGCAAACCUGGUCAAGACCUACAGGAAACGUAUGAUCUCUGUAAUUGCAAACAAAGGUUUCUGUACCAAAUAUUAAGUUCUGCUUUUCUGAUGUAUAAAAUACUUAUGUCAUGCAAUAAAAUGCAAAUUAAUUACUUAAAAACCAUACAAUGUGAUUUUUCUCUCACAGUUGAAGUGUACCUAUGAUAAAAAUUACAGACCUCUACAUGCUUUGUAAGUAGGAAACCUGCAAAAUCAUCAGUGUAUCAAAUACUUGUUUGAGUCCCCUCAAAGCCUACCAUUGACUAUGUACAUACCCAGCUUGCGACAGAGCUGCAGGAGUUGUGACCCGUUUUUGUUGGUUAUGUUGUCGUAGGGGGGCAUAUGGGGGAGGAAAGGCUGUCAUGUCUAGGUAGGUGUUUGUCCCCCCUGUGUGCUGAGGAUGUAAGGCUCUUGUCCAGUUCUGGCAUUUAGGUCGCCACAGACUAGUACAUGUCCCUGGGCCUGGAAAUGAUUGAUUUCCCCCUCCAGGAUGGAGAAGCUGUCUUCAUUAAAAUAUGGGGAUUCUAGUGGGGGGAUAUAGGUAGCACACAGGAGGACAUUUUUCUCUGUUGAGAUAAUUUCCUUUUGAAUUUCUAGCCAAAUGUAAAAUGUUCCUGUUUUGAUUAAUUUAAUAGAGUAAGUUAGGUCUGCUCUAUACCAAAUUAGCAUACACCCUGAGUACACCCAUACAUCCUGCUCUUUAGGCCAAAGGCCGGUGACCUCAGGCCUGGGAUAUUCCAGGAUGAGACUCUCUCUCUCGCUCUCUCUCUCUUUCGCUCUCUCUCUAAUGUAUGACUAAGUGUUCGUGAGAGAGAGUUGAUUUACUCUGAAAGGUGAUGAUCAAACCAUGCCUUAUGUACCUUGAACAAACACACACACUCAAAUGCACACAAACACAGGUUCAACACGGAUGGGUUCACCCAGGCAUUGGCUAUGAUCCACGCUAUAGAGUCGGCCAACAGAUCCCCUGUCCUGACUACACUAGGGAUCUCUCUGGGGUACCGUAUCCACGACUCCUGCUCUGAUGUCACCACCGCUCUGAGGGCCUCAGCUGACUUCACACAGGUAAAAGCUCUUUAGCCAAAACGUUGGUCAAAUCAAUCCACAGCAAGGAUAGACGACUGUGUGACCUCUUUUUGAUUUGUAUAGUUUAUCUUCCAUUAGCCAGUAUCUCAUAUAAAGGGUGUACAUUCUUUACUUCACACAGGAGCCAACCACUGACUGUGUGGGAGGGGCCAACACCUCUACCUGUCUCCCGCCCAUCAUGGCCGUCAUAGGGGCCUCUUCCUCUGAGAUUUCCAUCUCCGUUGCCCAGCAACUCAACCUGGAGCUCAUUCCUCAGGUAAGCAGUCAAAACCCACCCACAGAGUGACGAUUGAUGGACAGUAACAAAAGGGUUGAUAAAAUAAUGAAUAACCGAGUUGUGUCAAAAAAAUGACAGACAGCAAUGAUGAUACAGAUAAAUGACAAAAUCACUUCAACAUAGGACCACCGGAAACCGUGUGGCCAGGCAGCAUUUUUCUGUCCAUCACAUCGGAGUGCUGCUGUACACUCUUUGCGUGUCUUGACUAAUCAGAUUCACGGAAAUUGCAGGUCGCGCGGGCAGGGCACAAAGCUCAAGGUGUUUUUUAAAACCAUCGGUCCUGAUUAGAAAAACUCUGGUCCCAUCAUAGCCCAUAUUAAAUAUUUUUAGAACAGAUAAAUCACGUCAUACCGUGUAAGGUCCUGAGUUUUACCUGGUUAGGUUACUUCUGAUCCAACAUAACCUUAUCUAUUUGAAUCAUCACAGAUCAGUUACGCCUCCACCGCCAUCAUCCUGAGUGACAAGAUCCGUUUCCCCGCGUUCCUGAGGACCGUGCCUAGCGACCUGUACCAGACGCGUGCCAUGGUCCGGUUGCUUAGCGACCACAAAUGGACCUGGGUGGGCAUGGUCACCACAGAUGGAGACUACGGCCGCUCAGCCCUGGAGAGCUUUGUCUCCCAGGCAACCGCCUCAGGGAUCUGUGUGGCUUUCAAGGAGAUCCUUCCUGAUUCGCUGACCAGCCCUGACAUCAUCUCAGCCGUCAUAAAUGCCAGCAACACCAUCCGCAGCAACCCCAAGGUCAAGGUGGUGGUGUCAUUCGCCAAGCCUACUCACAUGACGUACCUGUACCGGGAGCUGAGGGGUCAGGGGCUGGGGUCGGGGCUGGGGGAGAGGGUGUGGGUGGCCAGUGACAGCUGGUCCUCGUCCAAAGAGGUCCUGGGAAAGAUGGACCUCCCAGAUAUCGGCCAUGUGGUGGGUUUCACCUUCAAAAGAGGGGACCUGGCUCCUUUCCAUCACUACCUGAUGAAUCUGAGUGACAGCAAUGAUGUCAUAGGAAACAACUCCUUCCUAAAGGAGUUCUACUCCCUGCCAAACAGGUCGGGAGACCCCGGGGUUGUGUCCUCCUCCACAUCCGCAGCAGAGAUCCUGCUAAACAACAGCCAUGCAGACAUAGUCUUCAGUGUGGAGAUGGCUGUCAGUGCCAUCGCCCAUGCAGUGGCUGAUAUCUGCAGCAAAAAGGACUGCAAGACAGCAGGCACUGUCCAACCCUGGAAGGUAGCUACUGCACAACUCCUCAUGUCUACAGCACAUCAAACUGAACUUAUAUACUGUGUGUCAUCUAAUAUAUCUAAUGUAUUUGGGAUAUGGCUUUGGUCUACGAUAUGUGAACGAACUUGCAUUUUCAUUUGUUUCAGGUGCUUCAAGCCCUGAGGGGAAGUCGGUUUGAGCUGGAGGGGAAAAGCUAUACGUUUGACCAGAAAGGGGACAUCAACCUGGGCUAUGAUGUAACCGUGUGGAGGUCUGUGAGAGGGGUCAUCAACAUCAAUGACGUUGUGGCUGAGUACCAUCCAAUCAACAACAGCUUCAGCUACACCAGCAGACACACCAAAAAUAUCACUGACCUGAGGGUAAGGGUUAGGGUUAGGUUGAGGCAGUGGCGGCUCCUGAAAAAAUUCUCAGGAGGGGCAAUUUUUCUGAUGAUUUAGGUGACCUACACACAUUUAAAAAAAGAUAUGUCCAGCAACAACAUGAAGACAGGGGCAGCAUAUAAGUCAAUACCAGAAGCAUUUAUUGACUGAUCUCAAAAGUGUUGGCUUACCAGGGUUGGUGGAGCCCUCAGUUUCAUCUUUGCCUCGCAAAGCUAACUCAAACACUCCGCAAAACUUCACACACUGGAUUAGCCGGCUGAGGAUGUGGCGGUUCUUGCUAAUGUCGUAGUAAAUAUAUUUGUUAUAGUGAAUAUGGAAUAUGAUAUGUUGAGUAAAAUGUUGUGCUAAGAUCUAUUUAGGUCAGGAGCUGGUUAUAAGUUCUGUUCCUAUCCAAUAACAAUGGACAAAAGGGUCCUAUCUUGUCAGCCUUGUCAGCAGGUGGCCAAGGACAACACCCACGCCAUAGGCCUCUCAGUUCUUCCAACUCACGAGUUCUUGCUCUGAGGACACACACACACACAAACACACACACACACACAUCAUCACUGUUAAACACACACACACACACACACACACACAUCAUCACUGUUAAACACACACACACACACACACACACAAAAAUCCCCUCUAUUAGGCUGAACAUUUGAAGACAGAGAACCCGACUCAGAGCCAAUGCAACAGUGACAGUAGCCUGCAGGGGACCUCGCCCAACUCAUCAGGACCAAUCAGAAGAUCAGAACUACUAGAUUGAACCUACUUCAUUUAUUGCAUAAAAUGUCUGCACACAAUGUUUCGGGGCUCUCUUCAGAUAAUAAUAAUAAUAAUAAUAAUAAUAAUAAUAAUAUGCCAUUUAGCAGACGCUUUUAUCCAAAGCGACUUACAGUCAUGCGUGCAUACAUUUUUGUGUAUGGGUGGUCCCGGGGAUCGAACCCACUACCUUGGCGUUACAAGCACCAUGCUCUACCAGCUGAGCUACAGAAAGUGGAUACUCAUGGAUGCGCAUUGCAAUUGUAAAAUGUCAACACAAUUGGAGACACCACGUCAUUUUUGGAGACAUGUUAUUGACAGUAAACUAUUGUAGAUGCGACUGCUAACUAACUAAAACAUUUUAGCUGGCUAGCUAAUCAUCUUAGCUAAAUGUGGGGCAAACAAUUCAGUUAUUUACCGUUAAUUUGAGGGAUUGGGGUGAAAGAAAUCGAGUUACAUAGUGAUACUUUACGAUAUACUGUAUUGACAAUAUCGCAAUAUUUUAGCGCUAGUUGGCUGUACCUGCACCAAAACACCAUUAUUGUUCCUUCAUAGCUUGUUCUCAAUCUUUUCACAUUGGGAGCCAAUUUGUUUUCAGCACUUUUAUUUCCAUGACUGAUCAAAACUCGUUCUCAUGGCUUUCUGAUCCCUCUGCAACAGACAUAUGGUGCGCAAUAAAAUCACAGUAUCGAAUCGCAAUACGUAUAGAAUCAUGAGACUCGCAAUGCUGAUGCAUAUAUCUUAUCGUGAGGUUCCUGGCAAUUCCCAGCCCAAGUUCAUUUGCCACAACAAAUCUCUUCGCUAGCAAACGCGAUGUCUUCUCCAAAACGGCAAUGUGUCUCCAGCAAUGUUUACUUUUUUGACGUUCUAUGGCAUCUCCACUUUCCAAGCAUAUAUGACCACAUGUAAUAUUUUGGUAAGUGAUGCAAAUAGUGAACUAUGUAGGGCCAGGAUGUAAAAUAUAUGUAGCUGCAGCAAUUUCUCUUAUCUGAUAUGGUAAGUAAUGGGGCUUAAUUUAUAGCUCCCUAAGAGUUUGACGAACGGGUCCGUGAACGCGAUUCCAGAUAUAUUUACCUCUGAAUAAACUGCCUUUAUUACACCAUAUCCACAUCCAGUAAACUUGUGAUUAGCAACACUAACCUCAUCGUUGUGGCGGCGGACAGCUAGCCUGUAUCCCUCGUCAUCCAGUUGAGUGAGUGGCAAUGUCUUUUUUCGUUCGUACCAAUUUUUGGAAAAUCCUCGGGUGUAGGACUUUCCGCCUUUAGUAGAAACCUGUUGAAUUAUUAAAUUUGGUCUGGGAGGUCCUAAUUGUUUCGUUGCCAAUUUAUCUUCAUUUGUUCGCCGACAAAAAGGAACUUCUUUCAAACAAUCCACUCUUUUCUCAGUUACGUUCAUGGUUACGUAACGUAUGCCGAAAGCGCGUAAGUGCAAGCCCACAGACACCCAUUGAGAUUGUAUUGAAGGCUCUGAAAUUUGAAAAAAAUAGAUUUUACAUGGGAGUCUAUGACAGAAGUUCUGGGCGAUUUUCAAUCUGACUGAAAUCGCCCCAAAAGGGGGUGGAGCCAUUUGAAGCACGACUUUAGCCUGAUUCGACAUUUAGUGGCAGUGUGGCACUGUGGCAGAUCAGACGUAUAGAUUACAACACUGAUAACUACUGUUGCCGUGAUAUAAUUGAUUAGAAAAAAAAUCCCUUCCUUUUCCCGUUUGGCAGUGCGUCGCCCAUAUCGCCCUAUUGAACAGGCCGUCCCUGGGUUGAGGGUUAGGGUUAGGGUUAGGGUGAGGGUUAAGGUUAGGUCUCAAUCUAUUUUAGUCUGUCUGCUAGGCUGCCACACAAAGGUUCAUGUACACAUCCACGUUAACCGAUUAUCACACUUGACAUAGAGAGACACAAGCACAAACAGAUCGGAAGGUCAAACAAUCUACUUUUUCUUCCGCAAAGUGACUAAAGAAAACUAAACAUACCUGUUUUAGAGACAUCUCUGCAAAACUGGAAAACAAAUAGAGAUGGAAAUUCAAUAACCCCUGAUCAGUUAAACAAUGGGCAUUGUUUGAAUAUGAAAACCAAGUACCUUGGCACACACUGGGUGCACCUGUAUCACACAUUCAUGUUAGAUAUCAGUGAUGCUCUAAAAACAAAAGUAAAAACUGUUGUGUAACAAACACAAUACUCAGAAGAAUAUAAUCAGUGGUUGAAUAGUUUGUAUACGCCUCCCUUACAGAAAAACUACAUGAUUUCACGUGGAACAUCACAUGAUUUUACAUGUGAAAUCAUGUGAAAAUGUGUUUAUGGAACACUUCACGUGAUUACGUUUUCACAUGUGUAGUUUCAUGUUAUCACGUGUUGCUUUACAUGUUGUCACAUGGUUUUAAGUCGACAGCUAGGUUUAACUGUGCCCAGGAAACUGGCCAUACAUGUAAAGGCUUGCUUGAAAACUACAAUUAAUAGAAUUCAGUCACUUCAGUUCUUCUUGGGUCAGCCAUUUAAAUUAGUGCAUUGUUUCCUGAUGCAGGAUGUGGUGUCUGUGUGCUCAGCAAGCUGUAAGCCUGGGGAGUUCAAGAAGACUGCUGAGGGUCAGCACACCUGCUGCUAUGAAUGCAUCAACUGCACUGAGAACCACUACUCCAACAACACUGGUGAGUUCUCCUGUACUAUCUCUCUAUACACACCAGUGUACUCUAACUAUCAUCAGUUCACACAAUCUUCCAACACUGUCCUUAUCCAACACUGUUAGUACUAGGCAACAACAAAUAUAUUUCUAAAUGCUAAACAGUUGUUCAAGCACUAUCCUCCCUUCCAACCCUUUGUGUGCCUCUGUCUCCUCUCCAGACAUGGACCAGUGUCUGUCUUGUGACACAAAGAGAGAGUGGUCCUUGGAAGGGAGCUCUGGGUGUACCAGUAAGACCCUGGAGUUCUUCUCCUGGCAGGAUGGCUUUGCGGUGGUGCUGCUGGCACUGGCGGCCCUGGGCAUCAUCCUGGUUCUCCUGGUGGGGGCGCUCUUCCUACACCACCACCAGACCCCCGUGGUGAAGGCUGCCGGGGGGCCUCUCUCCCAGCUCAUCCUGCUCUCCCUAGUGGGAAGUUUUGUUAGCGCUGUGUUCUUUGUAGGUCAUCCCAGCAGCCUCCAGUGUAAGGUAUGUACGGUACACACAGUUUGGGAAACACUUCUGUAAUGUACUGUCUGUGACAUUGAUCUGAUUGUACCAGUGUCAGUUUGUGAAUUCAUGGUUUAUUGUGUGUGUAUUGUUCUGAACCUUUUGUAACUUUGCAGUAAGGAAUUUCGUUUGUAGAUGCAAAGAAAAUGUAAAUACAAACAGAUAAUCAAUUUCUGUCUCAUUGUCUCAUCUCUUCUCAUCUUCAAGACGCGUCAGGUGCUGUUUGGCCUCAGCUUCACCCUGUGUGUUUCCUGCAUCCUGGUCAAGUCCCUGAAGAUCCUGCUGGCCUUCCAGCUCAACCCUGACCUGAAGGACAUUCUCCGCCGCCUCUACCAACCCUACGCCAUCAUUUGUCUCUGUGUGGCCCUUCAGGUUCUCACCUGCACCCUGUGGCUGGUCCUGCAGAGCCCCCGGGAGAAGGCCACCGUCUUCGCCACCACCGUGCUGGCCGAGUGUGACGAGGGCUCCUACGUGGCGUUUGGCGUAAUGCUGGGCUACAUCGCUGUCCUGGUGCUCGUCUGUUUCGCCUGUGCAUUUAAAGGCCGCAAGCUGCCACAGAAUUACAAUGAGGCCAGGUUCAUCACCUUCAGCAUGCUCCUCUACCUCAUGUCCUGGGUAAUGUUCGUGCCCAUCUAUGUGACCACCUCAGGGAAGUACCUGCCAGCGGUGGAGAUGGUGGUCAUCCUCAUUUCCAACUACGGCGUCCUCAGCUGUCAUUUCUUCCCCAAGUGCUACAUCAUCCUCUUCAAGAAGGAGCACAACACCAAGAGUGCCUUCAUGAAGAACGUGCAGGACUUCUCCUUUAAGAGCAUUACUGACUCUAGCUCUGUCUCUGAGACUUCAGUCUCUCAGACAGAAGGGAAGUGUACCAGUCACACUUAUUCCAUCAGUUCACCUUCUUUCUGCAUGUCUCCUCCACCAAUAGAACCCACAGCACCUCAGAAUUUCUGGUCCGUUGGCCAAAACAUUCAGAGCAUUGACACUGCAACCUAUUGCACCAUAUUUGACCAUGGAGUGUUUGUCACAGGUCAGCUGACCCGACCAUACCGUCUGAGGAGAUGCAUGAGCCUAUGAGUGGACCACAGUCUGGAACUUUAACUUCUCACGGUACAUCACACAGUGUGUCUAUGGUUCUCUCAUUGGUUUGACUGUUCCCAUUUUGCUUAGUCUGCUGGUAUGUUUUUUGCCCAAGUGGGUUGUUGAUUUGAACAUUCAAGGCAAUUUGGGUAAGACUUUAUUUGACACUGAUAUGGACAGUGUCAUAAACAAGAAAAAACUCAGUCAUAUGGUGUUAUGUUCAUCUAUCAAUAUUUGUACUGGUUAAGCAUUAUUUGUGAACUGCAUAUGGUGUCGAUACUGUGUGAAACAUUCUAACUAAACAUCAUGGGGGAUGUUGGUAUUUGCUAUGGACAAACUGUCAUGUUGUGUGUUGGAUCCCUGAAUAGGCCGUUUCUAUGUGUAAUGUGUACAGUAACCAGCAUUUCUCUCUAUUAUGGGAGCUGAUGCAGCAGGAUACAUAUGAGAUAUUACAUUUCAUUUUGAAAACAUGUAUACGAUGAACACUAUAUGGGAAUUUGUGUCACUGUUUCUUAAUGCAUGCUUGGUUUGUCAGUGGACGUUCUUGAAGUUCUUACAUAUUUCUAAAUACUUUGAAAUCUAUUUCCACAUUAUUCAUGUAUAUUAUGAACUGUAUAUAUCCACAUUACUUAAUGUACAGUAUAUUAAAAGUUUGAAUGUGCAGUUGACUUUCAGUUGCUUUUUCCAUUCUCUACAUACACACCCAUUCAAAUAUUUACCAAUUUAAACAGGUGUAACUUC